UCGGGACGGCGGGAGGCAGCGAGCAAGAGCGGUCGGACCCGGGGUGCGCAGGUCAGCACCCCGGCCGCACGGGCGCGCAGGGGCGGGGUAGCAGCCGACGCCCCUCGGCUCGCGCUCCGCACCUGGCCCUGCAGGAAGUGCGCGCUGAUUGACAGCUGCGGUGUCCCAAAAAGGCUGUAGUCAAAGAUGCUGCUCGGCGGGUGGGUGUAGACGCAGCAGGCGCGCCUGUGCCCUCUCUGUUUCGCGCGCCUCCCCGGGCCCCGCCGCCCCUCUGGCUGCCGAGGAGCGGGGCUCAGGUCUCCAGGCUCCGGUCCCGGCUCACCAUGCACUGCCACGCGGAACUGAGGCUGAGCUCACCCGGCCAGCUCAAAGCAGCCAGGAGGCGCUACAAGACUUUCAUGAUCGAUGAGAUCCUCUCCAAGGAGACCUGCGACUACUUUGAGAAACUUUCCCUCUACUCUGUGUGCCCAUCGCUGGUGGUGCGACCCAAGCCCCUGCACUCUUGUACCGGUUCUCCUUCCCUACGGGCAUAUCCUCUCCUGUCGGUGAUCACCCGGCAGCCCACAGUCAUCUCCCACCUGGUUCCCACCGGCCCUGGACUCACCCCAGUUAACACUCGCCACGCAGUUGCUGCUGAGGCUGCUGCUGCCGCUGCCGCCGCCGCCGCUGCCGCCGCUGCCGAGACCCCUGGUGGCGAGGCAUUAGCCAGCAGCGAAUCAGAGACAGAACAACCCACCCCCAGGCAGAAGAAACCACGCAGGAGUCGCACCAUCUUCACGGAGCUGCAGCUCAUGGGCCUAGAGAAGAAAUUCCAGAAGCAGAAGUAUUUGUCUACCCCAGACAGGUUGGACUUGGCCCAGUCUCUGGGGCUCACGCAGCUGCAAGUGAAGACUUGGUAUCAGAACCGAAGGAUGAAGUGGAAGAAGAUGGUCCUUAAAGGUGGACAGGAAGCACCCACGAAACCUAAGGGGCGCCCCAAGAAGAACUCCAUUCCCACAUCAGAGGAGAUCGAAGCGGAAGAGAAAAUGAACAGUCAGGCCCAGAGCCAGGAGCAGCUGGGAUCCUUGCAGGGACAGGAGGAACCCCGUGAUCCCCAGGAGCCCAAAGCGUGCCUGGUCCCCUUGGAGGUGGCAGAACCGAGUCAACAGCCCCAGGAGUUGCCAGAAGCUUCCUCUGAACCCCCACCAUUAAGCUAAACUAAAGUUCUUUAGGGGGAGGGGGAGCCUGGGAAGAAGGGAAGAGAGAAGCAAGGAGAUGCUGACGGAGAGAAGACCGCUAAAGACUAGUCACGUGGGUAGAGGAGCGCUUGCUGUCUCCCUCCUCCCAGCGGCAUUUUCAUCUGGAGCACUUGAUGAAGACUUACUUGUGUGGGACUUGCCGUUCUUGCAAGGCUGUGUUAGCCACAGAUACCCUUGAGUAAGGGAGAUAGCGCCUUGGAUCUGAUUGCCCAGGCUUAGGUGAUGGCUUUAGGGCUGGCUGCAGCAGCCUCUUAGUGUGUCGGGCUGGGCUGGCCUGCAGCAAGGGCUGCUCUUCUCCCUCUGGGCAACAGGUCAGCAAAGCAGGGAGAAAGGAGGUGGAAGUGCUUGGGAGGCCUGCCCAGGCUCCUUGCUGACUCAGCACUUAUUUCUGUAGUUUUAAGAGAAUUGAUUUUUUUUUUUGAGGGUGGGGUGGGGUGGGGUGGGGAAAGCCAUUAAAGGCAGAGAAAAAAGAAAAAAAAAAAGAAAAAAAAAGGAGUUGGAGGGAGUUGUGAGUUACAGGGGACGUCUCAGAGUCCUGCUCGUCUGUUUGGAGACACGUGUGCCUUUGUACCUUUAUAAGAUGGUCAGGUGCCAACAGACCUGAUGAUCGAUCCUUGGCUUCCCUGCUUCGUGAAGCUGCCAUCCGGGAAGCCGCAAAUGCAGAUGCGUUAAGAUAACUUUUAUUUUUUAAUUAAAAAUAAAUCUUUGAAGAG